CUGAGGGCGAUGUCGGAGGUGGGGGGCGCGGGCCGGGCGCGGGCCGCCGUGGCGCGGCUCUCGGAAGCGGUGGGCGAGCGACGGCAGCGGCUGGGCACCGCCAUGGGAGAGGCGAGGCGGCAGCGGAGGCUGCUGCUGGUGGUGGUGUGCGUGGCGCUGCUGCUGGACAACAUGCUCUACAUGGUCAUCGUACCCAUCAUCCCCGACUACAUCGCGACCAUGCGCGGCGGGGGGGCCACCGCUGGCCCGUCCGCGCCCCCGGGGGGCAACGGUAGCGGCGGCGGCAACCGAAGCCUCCUGUCCGCGCGGUACCCGCCGGCCACGGGGGGCAACGAGGACGUGCAGAUCGGGGUGCUGUUCGCCUCCAAGGCCAUGCUGCAGCUGCUGGUGAACCCGCUUAGCGGCACCCUCAUCGACCGCGUGGGCUACGAGACGCCGCUGCUGGCCGGGCUGGCCGUCAUGUUCCUCUCCACCGCCACCUUCGCCUUCGCGGAGAACUACGCGACGCUGUUCGCGGCGCGCAGCCUGCAGGGGCUGGGCUCGGCGUUCGCCGACACAGCUGGCAUCGCCCUCAUCGCCGACCGCUAUCCCGAGGAGCCAGCGCGGAGCCGCGCCCUGGGCACGGCGCUGGCCUGCAUCUCCUUCGGCAGCCUGGCGGCCCCCCCCUUCGGCGGCGUCCUCUACGAGUUCGCCGGGAAGCGGGUGCCCUUCCUAGUGCUGGCCUGCGUCUGCCUCCUCGACGGCCUGCUGUUGCUGGCCCUGGCACCACCAGGGGCUGCUGCCGCGCGGGCCAACAUGCCGGUAGGCACCCCCAUCCAUCGCCUCAUGAUAGACCCCUACAUCGCCGUGGUGGCAGGAGCCCUGGCCACCUGCAACAUCCCCCUGGCCUUCCUGGAGCCCACCAUCGCCAACUGGAUGAAGGACUCCAUGGGGGCCAGCGAGUGGGAGGUGGGCCUCACCUGGUUGCCCGCCUUCUUCCCCCACGUGCUGGGCGUCUACGUCACAGUCCGGCUGGCUGCCGCAUACCCCCAUCUCCAGUGGUUUUAUGGGGCUCUGGGCAUGGCCAUCAUCGGCGCCAGCUCCUGCCUGGUGCCAGCCUGCAGGAAUUUUGGGCAGGUCAUUGUUCCCCUCUGUGGCAUCUGCUUCGGCAUCGCCCUGGUGGACACAGCCCUGCUGCCCACCCUGGCCUUCCUUGUGGAUGUGCGCCACGUCUCUGUCUACGGCAGCGUCUAUGCCAUUGCAGACAUCUCUUACUCUGUGGCAUAUGCCCUGGGGCCCAUUGUGGCUGGCCAGAUUGUGCACACCAUGGGCUUUGCGCAGCUCAACCUGGGCAUGGGGCUUGCCAACGUGCUUUACGCACCUGUCCUUCUCUUACUCAGAAACGUCUGUCAGAUGAAGCCCUCUCACUCGGAGAGGAACAUUCUCCUUGAAGAAGGACCUAAGGGACUCUACGACACCAUCAAAAUGGAGGAGCGUAAAGGCAUGGGCAAAAGCCUCCACGCAGCAGAUGGGAUGGAGGAGAAUGGUGUGGACUCGUACCGCAGAGACCUGGCUGGGGUGUCUGAGGAGGACUCAUCAGACUAUGAGUACAGUUAGGUUCCCCAAUGCCAACCAGCAUGAGGAGCAAGGAGGGGCAUGGGGGACAGAAGGAAAGGGGGGGGAGUGUUACUGCAUCAUGUUUCUGUACUGAUGUGCAAUAUAUACAGUUAAACCUUUGUCAUGAUGUAAUGGCUUUCUUCUAGACUUACUUCUAAUCGGUAUUUCCUUUAGCAUUCUGGCAAGGUGGAGGUGGUGGGGAAUGAGGGGACAAUCCUGAAGAAAAUUACCUGGAUAAUCAUUGGCAUAAAUCUAGGCAGGAUCCUUCCAAAAAACAAAAACAAAACAAAAACAAAAAGCCCCAACA